AUGUCUCCAACCACCGGCGCGAAACGCAGGUCGGACGAGGCCGACGUUCCUGACGACAAGAACAACACUGGCCUCGCGGUGCCGUCGCUUGACAAAAGUUCAACGAAAAACGGACGACCAAUUGGCAGCGAAAGUCCCGCGAAGAAGAAGAGGCGAACAGGAAUUACGGCUGCGCAAAAACAAGCGCUAAUUGACAACUUGCAACUCGAGCUCACCGAACGCGCUCGCAAACUGCGGGCCAACUACGACAUCCAUGCGCAAAGUCUUCGAACCCGCAUCGAAAUUCGCGUCAACCGCAUUCCCAUGUCCCUUCGCAAAGUGAAGAUGGGUGAUCUCAUACAAAAAUACUCUACCGAACAGCAACAAAAGACCACGACUACAUCUAACGGCCCCCCGGUACCACCGAAAGAUGCGACAUCAUCACGCCCCAUCUUCCAGCGACCAGCGAUUGCUUCUAGACCUACCUCUCCGAUACGGCCCAGCCCGAUCAAGACGACGAGGUUAGUCCCCUUUUCUUCUGCCCAGGGGAAAUGGACGCCGUCAAUAUUAACACCGUCCAACCCCAGCCACGAAGUUUCCGGUCGCGACAAAGAAAAUUACGAAAUCGAACCCAUGAACACGGAGAAACGACAACGUCUGGGCCCAGCUGCCGACAUCUUGCGCAACCACUCCAACCAAGUCCUGUCGCCCACAUCCUCCAACUCGCGCCUAGCACCACGAGGGGAGCGCACCCCAUCACCUACCAAACAACACUAUGCGACCGGUAUCGGCGCACGCCCAAUUUCCCCAACCAAACCCACAGCCGGCACGAGUGCAUCUACUCUCAUCAGCAACAUGGUCGAAAAGGCGCGAUCGCGAGCGAACAGCCCCCAGAAGCACUCAACAAUAACGGAAGCAACGCAAGCGAGCGCGGCGAAAUCCAGAGCUCGAGCGGCAACCACCUCGGCGGCUUCUGCUACCACACGAACAUCGCGGAGAAUUAGUGGCGCCAGCGUGUCUAGUGAGGCUAGCAGUACGUCAUCGGUGGCGGCGCGGAGACAGCGACCGGCGACGGCGACGGGCAUGGCAUCUGGAACGGCGGCUAGUGCGAAGAGAGGUGUUAUCAGCACGAUCAAGAAGGGUAUGGCCGCGACGAAAAAGGCGGCGGGUGGUGGGACGAAGGAAACGGCAGAGAAGGUGGUUGCUACUACGGCGGCGCCGGCUGUGUCGGGGAGGGUGUUGCGAAAGAGGGGAUGAGCGGGUUUGAACUUUGGUUUGAAAUAUUGAGUCUCAUCAGUUUUUUCAUUGCUGGGGUAUGGACUUGGAGGAUGUCCAUCCAGGUUGUGCACUGUGGGAUUAGCAUUGUUAUUGUUAGGCGUUGGAUUGUAUAGAUGUUACGACCGCCGCCAGGUGUCGACUGCACAGAGUUCGGCGUUAUCAGGUCUGGCAGGUUUCAGGGAACAGUUGGGACAUGGCAAAUCCAAGUAA